GUUUUUGACUCCACCCAAACUCAGAUCUCUUCCUGCUUAUAUGAAGAACAUAAUCACAGAAUCAUCUAAGCAUAAGGAAAGCUUUAACAUACAGAUGAUACGAUGAAUAAGAAUGACUGAAGUAUUGUGAGGGGCAGCAAAGUUGAUGAACAUUUUUGAAGGUUUUUCUCUGGCUUAAAGAUGAUCAUCUGGGGCCGGUUGCACAAGCUGGACAUAUACCAGUUGUACAACUAGUCUUGACGUAAAAUGCGCUUAACGUCCUUUGUAGAAUGCACCAUCUAGGCAUAGUACACGUCUAAGACUUAAUCUUACUUCUAAUCAAGGGUAGGCAUAAGUAUAAAGGCUUGACUGGCAAAAAUAGAGAUAAUCAAAUUGAGGAGACAUUGGCGCGUGUAAUGUACAGGAUACACGACCAGUGGGCUUUCAUGUAGAGUGAGAGACAGCACCAAUAAAUUCCUAUAUAAUAUAUUAUACUUAUAUGAUACAUACUUUGUUAAAUUCAGAACUGUUAGAAUUAAGAAGUAAAUGCAAGUUUUGUACCAUAGUAAUGUGAAGGCCGUUAAAUGCAUAUGUGGGGACGCACACCGUCUACGCUGAGCGAUGCUGUGCCUGGUUGUACUGUAGUUUCAAAUGGUACAACAAGCGUAAAUAUGUUUCACAAAGUCAGACGGAGCUAACCCCAAUGUAGGGCUUACACCCAACUUUUUUCGGUGUCCAGCUGGUGCAACCAGACCCUGAAUAAAUACAGAGAUUGAGAACAGGAUCAUGUCUACCACUGACAGCACAGAGUCUGUUAUUCACAAUCCUGCUCGCAAGAGAAAAAACAGCAUACCAAUUAAUCCUCCUAUGAUGAGUAUUGUUCUGCUGGGUAAAGAUGUGUCAACAAACAGUCAAGUGGGAAACUUCAUGUUGGGAAGAUCAGCGUUUGAUAGUGAAGCUCCUCCAGAUGAUCAUCAGAUUGAGAGAGUCAGAGGAAAAGACAUGAUGAUCAUCAACUGUCCUCAUCUGCUCCAGCUGAACCUCUCAUAUCAUCAGAUCAUACAGACAGUGAGAGAGUGUGUGGAUCUGUCUCAUCCAGGACCUCAUCUCAUUCUUCUGAUCUUUAAACCUGAUGAGUGUUCAAGAGAAGAUCAAGAGCAUGUGGAGAUGAUCCUCAACUCUUUCUCACAUAGUGUUUAUCAACACACACUGGUGCUCACAACACACGACUCUCACAGUGAAGUCAAUGACAACAUAAAGAAAAUCAUAAAAAAAUGCACCAGCAGACACUACAGACUGGAGAGAAAUUCUUCUUCUGAUGAACUUAAAAAGAAAUGUGAAGACAUUGUAAAAUCAAAUGAUGGCCAUUAUCUGAUUUAUGAUGAAUAUGAAGAUGCACAGAGAUUGAAAGUGAAACAGCAGACAGAUGAAAGAGUUGCAGAGGAUGUAAAACUGAAUGUGGUUCUGUGUGGAAGUGACAGAAGAUUAAAAAGCUCCAUAUUAAAGCUAAUGAUGAAGGAGAGCAGCAGAAGAUCAGUGAUGAGAUCAGACUUUAGAAGCAGAGAGAUGAAGGUGUGUGGACGUCUGAUCAAUCUGAUGGAGCUUCCAGCUCUGACUCGACUCUCAGAUGAUGAAGUGAUGCGUCAGACUCUCAGCACUUUGUCUCUCUGUGAUCCUGGAGUUCAUGUGUUUCUCCUCAUCAUUCCUGAUGAUCCACUUAUUGAUGAAGAUAAAGCAGAAAUGAAGAAGAUCCACAGAAUAUUCAGUUCAAGAAUCAAAAACCACAUCAUGGUCCUCAUAAUGCAGAAGUCUGAAGACACAACAGCAGAACUCAAUGAAGCCACACAGUCUGACAUAAAACAUUAUGCAGGACAAUGUCAUGUCUUUGGUCCUAACACACACGCAUCCACAUUAAUAGAGAGAGUCGAGCAGAUGGUAGAAGAUAACAGAGGAGCUUUUUUCUCUACACAAACAUUUUUAGAUGAACAGAUGAAGAUGAAAUGUGAAGAGAUGAAGAGAAAAAUCCACUUACCAGAGACACAAACUGAGAGUCAAGAUCUUCCAGAGAUGAGAGAUGAUGUGAGGAUUGUGCUGCUGGGUAAAACUGGAGUUGGGAAGAGUGCCACAGGAAACACAAUCUUAAACAGAGAAGCGUUUAUAUCUGAAGUAUCUGUUGAAUCAGUGACCAGCGAAUGUCAGAAACAAACAGCUGAAGUCAACAACAGAUUGAUCACUGUGAUCGACACUCCAGGACUGUUUGAUACUGAACGCAGUCAUGAAGAGAUCAAGAAAGAAAUGGUGAACUGUAUCUCAAUGAUUCUGCCAGGACCUCAUGUGUUUCUCUUACUGGUUCCACUGGGACGAUUUACACAAGAGGAGUCAAGAUCAGUGAAGAUCAUUCAAGAGAUGUUUGGUGAAAACUCUUUAAUGUACACAAUGGUGCUCUUCACAAGAGGAGAUCAACUGAGAAACAAAACUAUUGAAGAGUGUUUGGGAAAACCUGGAUCUGUGAUUAGAAACCUGAUAGAAAAGUGUGGAAACAGAUAUCAUGUGUUCAAUAAUACUCAAACUGAAGAUCAAACACAAGUUUCUCUUCUACUGGAGAAAAUAGAUGACAUGGUGAAAGCAAACGGAGGAAGUUACUACUCAUCUAAGAUAUUCAGAGAGAUGGAACGAGAAAAACAUCAACAACAAAUAAAGAAACUGAUGGAGAGAAUUGAACAACUGAGCCGAGAGAAAGAUGAAGAGAAAGAAAGAAUGACGAUGAUGAUGGAGGAAGAACGACAGAGUCAUGAAAGAGAGAAGAAGAAAAUAGAAGAGGAAUUUAAAAACAGAGAAGAGAAAGAGAAACAGAUAAGAGAUGAGAUGAAAAAAGAACGAGAGACAUUAAAAAAUGAAACAGAUGAACUGAAGAAAGAAAAUAAAGAUCUCCUGAUCAAAUAUGAGACACAAACAGACAAACUGAUGAAUACAAUAGAGAAUCAUGAGAGAGAGAGAAAGACAAGAGAAGAUGAGUUUAGAGAGAAAGAAGAGAGAUAUAAAAGAGAAAUCAAAGAGAAAGAGAAAAAGAUGUGUGAGGAGAUGAGAAGAGAACGAGAGGAACGUGAGAAACAGAGACAAGAGGAAAAACAGAGAAGAGAAGAAGAUGAGAAAGAGAAACAGAUUUAUGUUGAACAGUGUGAGAGACUCAAGAGUGAAAUGAAUGAAAUAAUAAAAGAGAAAGAGAGAAUAGAAAGAGAGAAAGAAGAUCAACUAGAAGAGUUUGAGAAGAGAAUACAGGAGGAGAGAAACAUGAGAGAAGAGCAAGAAAAGAUCUCUGAAGAUAAACUGAAACUCAUGAAAGAAGAGAAUAAAGAUGAACUAAAGAGAAGAAGAACAGAGUGGAAAGAGGAAUGUAAAAGAAAGAUAGAAGAGAUGAAGAAGAUCUGCCCUCAAUCACAAGAUGAACUACAGGUGAGUGUCCAAUUCUUUUAUUGA